AACCCUAUCGUCACUCGCUCAUUCACUAACUGCGACUCGCUCAUCUCGUCGAGGUUUCGCUCUCUCCGUUCCUUUUCCCCCAAAUUCUUUUUCAUCUAACAAUUUACUUUGCAGACUCUGUGAAACCCUAACUCUAACCCUAAUCCCCGACAUCCUAUUCUUCCUCCUCAAUCCUUCAUCUCGCAGAAAAUGGGAGAAACAAAGGACGAAGCAUACGAGGAAGAGCUUCUCGACUACGAGGAGGAAGAAGACAAGGCCCCCGAUUCCGUCGGAGCCAAAGUCAACGGCGAAGCUACCAAGAAGGGAUAUGUUGGAAUUCACAGCUCAGGAUUUAGAGACUUUCUUUUGAAGCCGGAGCUGCUUCGCGCUAUUGUGGACUCGGGUUUUGAGCAUCCUUCCGAAGUGCAACACGAGUGCAUACCUCAAGCUAUUCUCGGAAUGGAUGUUAUUUGUCAAGCCAAGUCUGGAAUGGGAAAGACUGCUGUUUUUGUUCUCUCGACUUUGCAGCAGAUUGAUCCUGUUCCAGGCCAAGUUUCUGCACUUAUUCUGUGUCAUACAAGAGAAUUGGCAUAUCAGAUAUGCCAUGAGUUUGAAAGGUUUAGCACCUACUUACCCGAUCUCAAGGUUGCUGUCUUUUAUGGAGGGGUCAACAUCAAAGUUCACAAGGAUUUGCUGAAAAAUGAAUGUCCUCAUAUUGUUGUUGGAACACCGGGGAGAAUACUUGCAUUGACUAGGGAGAAGGACCUUUCUUUAAAGAAUGUUCGACAUUUCAUAUUGGAUGAAUGUGACAAGAUGCUGGAAUCCCUGGAUAUGAGGAAAGAUGUUCAAGACAUUUUCAAGAUGACUCCUCAUGACAAGCAAGUUAUGAUGUUCUCUGCCACGCUCAGCAAGGAAAUACGUCCAGUCUGCAAGAAAUUUAUGCAAGAUCCUAUGGAAAUUUAUGUUGACGAUGAGGCCAAGCUGACCCUUCAUGGACUAGUGCAGCACUACAUCAAAUUAAAAGAGGAGGAGAAAAACCGAAAGUUGAAUGAUCUUCUGGAUGCACUGGAUUUUAACCAGGUUGUUAUCUUUGUAAAAAGUGUUAGUAGAGCAGCCGAACUGGACAAACUACUUGUGGAGUGCAACUUUCCAUCUAUAUGUAUUCACUCGGGCAUGUCCCAGGAAGAGAGGUUAAAGCGUUAUAAAGGUUUCAAGGAGGGGCAUACGAGGAUUCUUGUUGCAACAGAUUUGGUUGGAAGAGGGAUUGACAUUGAACGUGUCAAUAUUGUUAUAAACUAUGAUAUGCCUGAUUCUGCAGACACAUACUUGCACAGGGUUGGCCGAGCUGGAAGAUUUGGCACCAAAGGCCUUGCAAUCACCUUUGUUUCGUGUUCUACUGAUGUCGAUGUUCUCAACAAUGUUCAAUCAAGGUUUGAGGUGGAUAUAAAACAGCUCCCUGAGCAGAUCGAUACCUCUACCUAUAUGCCAUCGUAGUAGACUGUAUUGGGAGCAAUCUUAACUGCUUGGUGGGCGUGAGUAAUAGUGAAGCAGGGUUUGAAGGGUGCAGCGGAUGAUAUUAUUAACCUUGCUGAUCCCAGAAUCUGUUUACAUACUAGGCUAUUUUAACAUUGAAGAUUUAUCGGUAUUAGAUGUAUUAGCCUUUUGUAUUUAUGGGAUUUCAAUUGCUGUAUUUUGUGUGGCAGCUACGCUGUUUUUAUGAACGUCAUUUGAGUUAGUGUUACCGCGACGUUGAUACUGUUGUUGAAUUCAAUAUUGAUCUUCUUCGAUUUAUUAGUUUGAUAUUUAAUUAGUA